CCUAUGAGCGUGUACUCGCACCCAGCGCACGCCGAACAGUAUCCGGGUGGCAUGGCCCGCGCCUACGGGCCCUACACGCCGCAGCCGCAGCCCAAGGACAUGGUGAAGCCGCCCUAUAGUUACAUCGCGCUCAUCACCAUGGCCAUCCAGAACGCCCCGGACAAGAAGAUCACCCUCAAUGGCAUCUACCAGUUCAUCAUGGACCGCUUCCCUUUCUACCGGGACAAUAAGCAGGGCUGGCAGAACAGCAUCCGCCACAACCUCUCACUCAACGAGUGCUUCGUCAAGGUGCCCCGCGACGACAAGAAACCGGGCAAGGGCAGCUACUGGACGCUGGACCCGGACUCGUACAACAUGUUCGAGAACGGCAGCUUCCUACGGCGGCGGCGGCGCUUCAAGAAGAAGGACGCCGUGAAGGACAAGGAGGAGAAGGACCGGCUCCAGUCUCUGUACCGCACAUCCGGGGCUUUCGUCUAUGACUGUAGCAAGUUUUGA